ACUAAAUCAUUGGUUAUGGAUUUGAUUUGGACUAAUUUUAGGGCCGGAGAUGCCCACCUCUUGCCAGGCCCCCCUACGACACUAUACUGCAAAAUAAGAAUCGAAGCGCCAGUUCUCUUUCCAUCACAAACUGAAAAAAACCCCUAAUGCAAAGUACUCAGGCGCAGAUUUUUUCUGUCAAGGCUCAUAAUUUUGUUACUAUGGGAGAAAGCGAGACUGUGCUUGCUCAAACAUCUGCAGUGAUGGAGCAGACAUCUGCCGGCUCUUCUUCCACUGAUUUUGGCAACACUUUCUCAGGCGCCGAUGCCUUUGCUGAUGACGGGGCUGGUACCACCACUACAAAGACUCCUGGAGAUUUGUCUGCUUCUGCUAGUGCGACUCCUGAUGCUUCCAAUGUAGGUGUUGGAACAUAUAGUAGUUCUUCCUUGCAGGAAGCUGCUGCUGUUACGCUUCAUGAUUCUAAGCCAUCCUAUGAAGAGGCUGGUGCUUGUGAGAAUUUUGUGGGCCUUGAAAACACUGUCGUAGAUACUUCUCAAGUUGCUAGUCCUGAUUCUUCCAUAAAUGCCAAUGGUGUUGGUGAAGGAAGAAAUUUUCCAUUGGCCAGUAGUGAGAAUGGGAAUCCAUCAGAUGACGUUCAUGGAUCUACUUCUGUGCACCAACCGGAUGGGUCUGCGUUGGCUGCUGAAGAAGAACGACUGUGGAACAUAGUGACAGCUAAUUCCUUGGAUUUUAAUGCAUGGACUGCCCUAAUUGAAGAGACUGAGAAGAUGUCAGAGGGUAAUAUUCUGAAAAUCCGAAAAGUUUAUGAUGCCUUUUUAGCGGAUUUUCCUUUCUGUUAUGGCUAUUGGAACAAGUACGCGGAUCAUGAGUCACAUUUGAGCUCUCUGGACAAGGUUAUGGAUGUGUAUGAACGAGCUGUUCAGGGGGUGACGUAUUCUGUGGACAUGUGGUUGCAUUAUUGUGCAUUUGCCAUCAGAACAUCCGGAGAUCCAGAGAUGAUUCGAAGGCUAUUUGAGCGAGGAAUAGCAUAUGUUGGAACUGACUACCUAUCUUUCCCACUUUGGGAUAAGUACAUUGAAUACGAGUACAUGCAGAAGGAGUGGUCCCGGCUUGCAAUGAUUUACACGCGGAUAUUAGAGAAUCCUAACCAGCAACUGGAUCGCUAUUUCAACAGCUUUAAGGAACUAGCUGGAAGUCGACCUCUUUUGGAGUUGAGGAGUGCCGAGGAAGUUACUGCUGCAGCUACUGAGAUUUCAAAAACUAGAGCUCAGGAAAUGGAGGCCGAGGUUCAUCCUAAUGCUGUUGAACAAUCUCCUAAACCUGUAAGUGUAGGCUUAACAGAAGCCGAGGAAUUGGAGAGGUAUAUCACCAUCAGAGAAGAGAUGUACAAGAAAGCUAAGGAGUUGGAUUCUAAGAUCAUUGGUUUUGAAACAGCUGUCAACAGGCCCUACUUUCAUGUGCUGCCCCUCAAUGUUGCAGAACUUGAAAACUGGCAUAACUAUCUUGAUUUUAUUGAAAGGGGAGACGACUUUAAUAAGGUUGUCAAGUUAUAUGAAAGAUGCCUAAUUGCUUGUGCAAAUUAUCCUGAGUAUUGGAUAAGGUAUGUUUUAUGCAUGGAAGCUAGUGGAAGUGUGGAUCUUGCAAAGAAUGCACUUGCUCGUGCUACUCAAGUCUUUGUCAAGAGACAACCGGAAAUUCAUCUUUUUGCUGCUAGAUUUAAAGAACUUAGGGGGGAUGUUCUAGGAGCCCGAGCUGCCUAUCACCUUAUACAUACUGAAAUUUCCCCUGGUCUUUUAGAAGCUUCUGUUAGGCAUGCAAACAUGGAGCAUCGCCUGGGAAACCGAGAAGACGCUUGCAAUGUGUAUGAACAGGCCAUUGCCAUUGAAAAAGGAAAAGAAGAUUCGCAAACUUUGCCUUUCUUGUUUGCACAAUAUUCAAGGUUCUUACAUUUGGUAUUCCGUGAUGUAGAAAAAGCUCGGGAAGUUCUUGUUCAAGCAGUUGAGAAUGCCCAGCUGUCGAAACCACUCUUGGAGGCUUUGAUCCAUUUGGAAUCAAUUCAGCCUACUCAAAAUCAAAUUAGAUAUAUAGAUUCAUGGGUUGAAAAGUUCAUAGAUCCUAGCCCUGACAACCCAGGUGUUGCAAGUAUCGCCGAGAGAGAAGAGCUAUCUAGCAUUUUCUUGGAGUUUUUAGAUCUCUUUGGGGACGCAAAAUCUAUCAAAAAGGCUGUUGAUCGGCAUGCCAAGCUCUUCUUCCACCACAAGAGCACACCAGAGUCAAGGAAGCGAACUGCUGAGGAUAUUCUAGUUUCAGACAAAACAAAGCUAGCCAAGUCUUACUCGGGUGUUCCUACAUCUGCACCAUCAAUUAUGGGUGCAUCUCCAAGUGUACAAAACCAAUGGGCAGCAGGUUAUGGUUUACAGCCUCAAGCUUGGCCACAAGUCACACAAGCCCAAGGACAACAAUGGAACCCUGGGUAUACGCAUCAGGCUUCAUAUGCUGCAUACGGUACAAGUCCACAAAUAUCAACAUCCUUACCCCAGAAUGCUACUUAUGGUGCUUAUCCUCCCUCGUAUCCAGUGCAGGCCUACCCCCAGCAGCAAGGUUAUGCACAACCAGCGACUGCAGUGGCUUUGACUCCAGCACAGCAACCUGGUUCAGUUGCUCCUCAGGCCUAUUAUGCCAGUUACUAAAGAUUGGGCAAGUUUUUCGUAGUGCCACCCGUAACUUGUCUUUCCCUCGUCGCUGGCAUCGACCACAAUUUAACUUGUACAACACUUUUCUCGGACACGGGUGCACGAUAUGAGUAGCUGUUAGUCUAGUUAACUGACCAGAGUUCAAUGUUGAAAUUUCGAUCGUUACUGAAAUGGCAGCAGAACUAGGAUUGUGGCUUUUUGGUGGAGUAUAUCAUCCAUCAC